AUUACUUCCGGUUAUCACACAGGAAAAACUUGCAGAACAAUUUUGCUUUGUUUUCGGUGUUCAAGAGCAUAAUAUUGUGUCAUUUUAAGCAUUGUAAAUUGGUUUAUUGCUUUUUAAAUUACAAUUCAAACAAAUACUGCCUCUCUUGCUGCACAGCCGUAAAUUUACCAUUUAAAAAUUGAAGCACGAAAAAUGGCGGUGUGAUUGAAAGAAAACUAUUUGAGUUAUCUCCCCUGACAAUGCAUUUUCAUAGGAGCCUUUACACAUGAACUUGUGAAUAAGAUGUUAUUUUCUUUUUGUCAUAUAAGAGACAUUAUAGCAAAUGGAAUCACUAAAUAAACAACAACCACCGAGAAUUGUUCAGUCUUCAGUGAUAGAACCAAAAGAUGAAUUGUGUGAGAAAAUUGAAAGAAAUUACAACACAAUAUUUAAUCUAACUAAUGGAUUAUCUGAAAGAGAAGCAAAUGAUGCACUGAAUACUCAUGUCAGCAAAGGAUCAUUCCAGUAUGAAGAAGUCCAAGUUGGAUUAUGGUGUUCCAUAUUAGUAGACCCUAAAUCUGCAGCAAGGAGCUACAGAGAUUUAACCCUGCUUAGCAGAGAUGGUAUGACCAUAGCUUUAACAAAAACAAAUCAGCUCAUCUUUGAAAGAUGGUUAAAGUUACUAGACUCAACAAGACAACAGAUUGUAUGGUUUUGCAAAGAAUUGGUGAAGAAUACAGUUACUGGAGCAGAAAGUGUGUGUACAAGUCUAAUCAGACAGAUGGCAGGAGGUGAUGUGUCACCAAAGAAUAUCUGGUUGAUAGAAGCAGUCUUGGAUAUCUUCGCAGAAUACAGAACAUGGUUAGAUAAAUUUCCACAGUUGUGUUCCAUGGUGGUCUAUACGUAUCUGAGACUGACUAUGGAUCAUACAGCACACAUGUUGGUCAAUCUGAGGAAGAGAGAAGUAGAUCUGUGUGUAUCAUUACUCAGGGAAAAGUGGACAGACUGUGCUGUGAUUGGUCGAGAUUUAGUUAGAUUACUACAGUAUGUUGCUAGGAUACCAGAAGUUGAGAGCCUGUGGAAAGAUAUGUUAAGUAAUCCAACAUCAAUAAGUCCACAUUUUACAGGAUUAACACAGUUGAUGAUGAUGCGAACUUCAAAGAAGUAUUUGAUAAGCCGACUGACCCCUGACAUGGAAAACAAAUUAGUCUUUCUCAUAACCAAGGUCAAAUUUGGCCAGCAGAAAAGAUAUCAAGACUGGUUUCAGAGACAGUACCUGUCAACACCAGAGAGCCAGUCACUUCGUUGUGAUUUGAUACGCUAUAUCUGUGCUGUAUUUCACCCACCAAAUGAAUUACUGUGUUCAGAUAUUAUCCCACGAUGGGCUGUGAUUGGCUGGUUACUAACAACCUGCACGUCUAACGUAGCCGCCACUAAUGCCAAACUGGCUCUGUUUUAUGACUGGUUGUUCUUUGAUCCUGAAAGGGACAGUAUUAUGAAUAUUGAACCUGCCAUUUUAGUGAUGUACCAUUCCAUCCGACCCCAUCCUGCCAUUACUGCAACAUUAUUAGAUUUUCUGUGUAGGAUUUUAACCAAUUUCAGUCUCCCAUUAAGUGCUCAAGUCAAAUUAGGAAUAUACACAGCUUUCAGAGUUAUUCUGGAUAAAAGAGUUCUACCAGCUCUUGAACCAUUAUUAGAAAACAGUAAGCUGGACAGAGAUUUGAGGAUGUUGAUUCGUGAAAACUUUACUGAAUUCUGUUCACAAGAAGCAGUAGCUAAAGAUGAACCUACAAAUAACAAAGAGCCAAUGGUUUCUAUGGCAUCAAUGUUGGACUCAAUGAUGGACACAGAUAAUCAUAUAGAUAACAACCUGUCAGAUGGAGCUGCCUUUAGUGACGAAGAAGAUGAUAUACCAUUAGGUAAAAUAAAAGAAGAAACAAAGUUCCAGCCAAUCCAGGAUACUAGAUAUCAACCUGUUGACAUUAACAACUUUCUACCUCAACUUAAUGGUGAAUUGGUGGAAUAUGUUGAACAAUUGAUGAAUGAAAAAGAUCAAGAAAUACAGUGUGAGAGCAUGGACAGGUUGAUGCAAAUGGUUGUUAAAGAUGAAGAGUUUGAUGAGAUGGCUUACUCACUGUCACACUGUUUAUGUCAGAUAUUAGUCAACCAUUUUAGUAGUAAUUUAUUUCCUAUGGAGCUUGAUGAUGAGUCUAUAGAAGAUUCUAUAGGAUCCCCAUUAUUUGUAAUUUUUAGAUUCUUAGCCUCUAUGGCAGAAGAAGACCCAAAUCGACAGCCUAUAUUACAGCUGUUAACAGAGAUGUAUGCAAAACAACCUCGUAUUGGAUACCAUAUGUUGUAUUUUCUUAAGGUUGGCAAGGCAAAUGAUGAAAAAAUGUUGACGUAUAAAGAUUUCUGUAAAAGUAUGGAUAACAAAGAUUUAGAAUCUUGUUUGAUGUCUGAUCUCAAGUUAUGUCAAGAAGAUGAUGUUAGAUUGUUUACCUUUUUGAUGCCAGAUACUUAUAAUAAUUUCCAGAGCCAAGCUCUUGGGAAUUCAGAGUUGUUACACAUGAUUGUGUCAGCAAUAGAUGGUGCACAGCUCCAAGAGCUAAUAUGUCAGAUACUGCAAGGCCACCUAAUCAUGUUCAGAAAAGAUUCAUUUCUGUCUGUCUUAAAUGCCAGUUUAGAUUGGGAAACUUUAGAGCAGUAUUUCUUAUGGCAGUUAAUAUCUGCACAUAAUAUACCGGUGGAACAUGUUAUGCCCAUUUUACCAAAACUAGAUUUCACACAACACGCAGAAGCUUUGUCCAGUAUACUGGUCUUAUUGAAACAAGAAUGUCCCUCACCAGAUCUGUUAAGAAUAAUUAUGUGUAGAGACUGUAAAAAAACAGACUAUUUUGUUGUAUCAAUUUUGAAAUACUGGGCUCAGGAAUUUGAAGAUAAAUUAGCAGAGCAUAUCAAUCAACAAGUGUCAAAGUUUAAUGGUACUCCAAAGAAAAGACAAAGGUCAGGGUCAUCUUCUAAGAAAGACAGUCCUAGCAUAGAACAGAUUCUUUUACACCUAGAUCAUGUUCGACAAGUCUGUAAAAAUAUAUCAUUUUUAAACAAUGAAAAUAUACAGCAUGCAUUACAACAGGUACAGCAAACAGCAAGUGAAUCUCUUAAAACUAAAUUUAGUGAUCUUCUGGCUUUAGCUGAAGACAUUGAUGAUAUAAAGAGCACGCGAGUGCUCAGGGGUCUUCCUGUUAGAAAGGCAGCUAGUGCUAGUGCAGCUAUGGGACUAGACAUUCGACCGCCAAGGUCAAAGUCCAAGAAAGUCCAGGAAAGCAGUGGUAGUGAGACUGAGAGUAGUUCUGAGGAAGAAAUAAAACCAAAACCGAAGAAAAGAAAGAAGGCUUUACCAGUAGAUGACGACAGUGACUGAACAAAAUGUCAAAACUUUGUCUGUUUAAUUAUGAAUUUUACUACAGAGGAUACUUUAAAAUCAUAUUAGUUCUGCAGAUUUACGAACAUUAAGAGAAAUUUCUUAAAAAGAUGUCUAGAAUCUGUCUUAUUUUGUUGUUUUUGUUAAGUGGUGCAAACAAAAUGUGAAGAAACUUUUUAAACAUUGCAGCAUAGAAAGUCUGUUUUUGCUGUCAUUUAGUUAUAUGUAUUUUCAACUUGAGUAUAAGGAUGGAGCCAUGUAAACAAAGAAGCAACAUUAUAUAUGAUAAUAAGUACAAUACCAUAGAUGAAUGACUAAGAACUUUUAACAGAGCUUCAAGAAACAAUGGCGUGGAUCUGGCACUGCUAUAUAUGAUUACUGACAGUGAGAAAUUUUUUUUGGGGAGUUUAUUUUUGCAUAUUUUGCAUUUCAAAUUAAAACGUGAAAAUUUCCCGUCCCGUAAAUUUGAUCUCUAAGGAAUAUUAGAAUCACGAUAAGAAGAAUGCAAAAAUAUAACCUUGUGAAAGAAAUCACAAAAUUUAAACAAAAAUGUAAAUUAAACUGCUUUACAGCAUCCAAGACAGGAUUUUAUUAUUCCACCAAAGUCCCACAAUUUUUCUAUUUGUUUUUUACUGGAUAUAAAUGGCAAGGGCAUAUAUAUAUAUUUAGCCUUGUACAUCUAUUAGUGGUUAGAAAAUAAAAGAUUUCAGAUAUUGUUAUUAUCUGAGUACAGCUGAAUUUUAAGAUAGACCUGUUUCUUUCCAAUUGAUAUGGAAACUCUCAUAAAGCCUAAAAUUCGGCAGUUAGAUUGGUUAUGAAAAUUAAUGCUGCUUUUAGCCAUGUUACUUUAUUUGAAAUGUCUUGCAGAUAAUCUAGGCUUUAUUUUAAAUAAAUAUAGCCUCAAUUGUGAUAACAUUUUUCUUUACUGUUUAUUUCCUGUAAAACAGUUGCUGUAACAUUUUAUAGGAACAUUUUAAUUCAAACACCCCUCGUAUUUUUUUCUCACAUAAAGAGUACAUUUGAAUUUUAUGAGAUUAAAAGAGAUUGUAUGUUACAAUUUUGUUUUGUAACCAGCAGGUAAAAAUGCUUUGAUAAGACUUACGUAACUAUUUGUUUCUUGGGUGCAAAUGAAUACAAUUGAUAUAGACAGGUGUAUAAGGAUUUGUAAUGUUUGUAUUGAAAGUAAAAGAUAAAAUUAAAUUGCCGGGAAAGACAAUAUAUAAUUAAACCAUUCAUUUGAAUGUUAGUUGUGUUUCAUCAGAUUGAAAGAAUGUGUGAUAAGGGAUAUGAGUAAUUGUUCCGACGUCAGUAUGAAUUAUAAAAGAAUGUAAGAAUCAUUUUGUAACACAUUAAAUCACUAUAGUAACAUUUACAUCACAAUGUCAGCAGGGUUCUCUUUUCUUUCAACUGUUAAAGUGAUGUGUCUUUUGGAAUAUUCCCUUCAAUUGUUGUGUACUGCUAUGUCUCUGUUGUAAAAAUCUUGUCUACUGUAUGUUCCCUUUUAAAGUCAACACUAAGGAAAGCUUUUUGACAACACUUUAUAGAAAACCUUUUAGCUCACCUGGCCUUGGUGUGAGUUAUUGCCAUCCCUUGGCAUCAGUCUUACUGCCAUUACUUGGCGUCUUUGCAGUCCAUUUACUUUUCACAUUUUCAUCUAUUUCUUUUAUGCUAAUUGGUGGGAAUGAUGUAUAGAAAGACCUAUACACAAUAUCCUCAUUUGGUUCUGAGUGGAUGAAAAACAAGGCCACGAGAAACAAUCUUUGAUCAAGAAUUGAUCAUUUUCAAAAAUCUUCUCUGAAAAUAUGAGGUAAAAAGUUUUGAACUUUACAGGGUUGAUGAAGGGAGACCCUCUUUAAGCCAUUUGUUACUUUGUUAUAUUUUCUUUUUAACCAUAGUAGUCAUGGUGAGGGGUCCAGUCUUCUUGGAUCCUCUAGCUUCAUCAGUAACUUAAAGUACGCAGAAAAGCAGCCACUAUCAAAAAUUGUACUUUUUAUAUUGUAUUGCUGUCUCACAACUAGUAGAAACAAAGGUGUAAUCUUAGAUUCUAAAGAUUGAAAUACUUAGAUAAGGCUUUUGAAUUCAGAUCUGACUUUAUGAAAAAAAAAAAAAAAACAUGUACUUUAAAAGCUACCUGUCACAUAUUAAGUAGCAUGCCAUGUUUAAAUCAUGCAAUUUAUGAAAAAUGUGAUUCACACUAAAAAGGGAACACAUUUUUAAUUUUGAUAUUUUACUAACUUGUUGGAGUACAUCAUUAAAUGAAUAAUUAUUACUGUCUGAUCAUGAGAGAAAAUUUACUUGAUAUAUACAAUGUAAUUUACUGUAGAUUUUUUAGUUAUCUCUCCUUUCGGACUUUUCAUAGUGCAUUUUAUAUAGUUUAUAUUUCCCAUGACCAUGGGUAAAAGUAGAAAUUAUGGGUAAUGUAAUUUUAAUAUUAAUUUGCAUUCAGUACAAAAUAUCAAAAAUAAAAAUGUGUAGGGUCUCAACCCAUGAAUCACCUUUUGCAUGAAUUUUAGGUGUCUGUUCAUGUUUCUUACUUACAGUUCAGUAGAAUGAGUGUGACAUGUCUGGUUUCUAUACUGUUUAAAUAUUUGAUAUAUUUUUAUCAUGUCCAUUUGUUUAUACAUUCAUGUCAUAAUUGUUACAUAAAAUUUUUCAUACCUUA